CACAGGCCAUGCAGGACAGGGUCUUGUCUGUUUGUCGCUCUGGCAAAAUCAGGGAGAGAGGGACAGGGAGAGCAGUCUUACAUCCCCGCCCCCGCGGGAGACGCCGGAGUGGUCCGCCAUGUGCUGGGAGAUAUCUCUAGGCUUGCUGAGGGCCUGACGUACUCCACGACCAAUGAAUGAAUCAAUUACGUUUGCGAAGCCGCAGCUUGGAUCAAGCAUGAUCAAGCAUUUCUGUUCCAGGCCCUUCCAGCUGUCAUGGCAGCUGUGCGCCUGUUCAUGGCCUUGGCCCAGUGGGCCCUGGCAGAGAACUUAAACGAAACCUGUGAAUCCGUGCUGCUUCAGCAUCAAGUCCCUUGGCGAAGCCCGGCGGCCAUCGCAGGAUCUAUGGGCCAUGAAGAUGGGGGGUUGAAGGAUUCACCGCAUUUAGCCGAUUUUAUGCAUAUGCUGCAUAUGUCAUAUGUGUGGCAUAUGCAGCGCAAGCAUUCUUCCCCCAGGCUCCCUGCCCAGAGGGGCAAGAAGACCUAUGCAAGCUGCGGAAGUUGAUCUCCGCCUCAGACAUUGGCCGCACAGUGGAUGAACUCUGGGAGGCAGCCGGGAAGCAGGGCGGCAAGCCGCGCACCAAGGAAGAUGCAAGGAGAAUGCGGGUAAGCAUUUUGAUGCACCAGAUGGACCUUUAUUACACAGACCUCACGAGUGCCGUUGCUGAGAAGAAGCAUGAAUUGGAAGAGAUUCAGAAGCAGAAGGACAAAGGAGAUCCAUGGGUCGCCUUCCUCCUCGACAUGGUCAUGGGUGCGCUUUUCUGUCCGGCGGUGGGCCGUUUCAAGUCCUCCUCGCUGGUGGAGGGACUGAAGGAUCUGGAAGCAAUAGUAAAAACCAUGCAGAACAUCGAGGGGGUCAUGGAAAAGUCCAUCACCAGCUUGAAAAAGAAGGGAAUCGAUAAGAUCAAAAUUGAACUGCAGAACAAGUUCCGCAACAAUCCGGCCAACCGUUUCUUGGAUGCGUUGAAAGCCGAACAAAGGACACUGAUUGCGGCCAUGCAAGCCAACAUGGGAAACCACACAGAUGCGGAGAUCUACUCAUUGUACGUGUCAUACUCACCACAGGUGGCGUCCAAGGAGAAUAUCCUCAGCGCCGUGGAUUCGGCCUUCGACACUUGGGAAACACAGAUCAAUGGCUUGGGCUGGCACACCCAGAGUGUUAACCAUCGAGGGCGUGACCAUUUCUACAACACAUGGGAAGGCAUCGUCCGUGUGGAAAUGGAUAUGGAUGGCAGGUGGCUUAAGGAUCAAGCGAAGUACAAGGAGGCUUGGGAACAUCUCGCUGAGAACCCUUAUGCACGCCUUCGCAAUGAUGGAGGAAGUGAGCAGAUCGCAUGGAACCAUCCAGACGUCAUGGCCUAUGUGGAUGAGUGGACCUAUCCUGGCCUAACGGGUUCAGAUGGCAAACGACGUCCCAAGGUCGCCGAGGGCUUCGUGGGAAUUUGGACUGGUCCCUUUUCGACACGUUUCAACUGCAAUGGAAAAUGCUGUGAUGAGAAAGGGAAGAAUUGCCGUUGUGAGGAGUGCACGCAAAGGACCGAUUCCAUCAAGUUCUCCCAGCUCUUUCGCCUGAAUCCAGAUGGAAAGACGCCAGGGGAUUCCUGCAGAAGCGACUCUGACUGCUUGACGAAAGCCUGUUGCUGGGGUGGUUGGGAGCUCCACUGUUGCGUGGGCGAGGACGACUGGAAGUUCUACCCCUUCCAUGGCCACUACUGCAUGAAUCAGCCAGAGGGGUGGCCUUGCGACAAUGACUCCGCAGUUUGUGCAAAGGGCCUGACUUGCCAAGAGAUCUCGCCACGAGUUGGGCCCACGGGGAAGAAGCAAAAGUACAGCUGUCGCAAACCUUGAUCGCGGGUGGAUGGUAUGUCCGCUCCAUCAUGAUGGUCUGCUCCAUCAGCUUUUAUGUGUUUCAUCAUGUUUAUGAUAGGUUUAAUAGGUGUUGGUUCCCUAGAGCCACUUUUGAUUGCUCUGCGCAGGCGCCUCUGACGGCAAUCAUGAGAGAAAAGGCAGAGCGCCAAAGCCCUCAAACAUCCCAGCAGCUUGUGCAGCGGACCCUCGAACGAUAAAGAACGACAGUCCGUGUGGGUUUGUUGGAGAGGGGGGCCUUUUUUCCGGUAGUUUCCCUUUGCAACAACCCAA